AUGUCCCUCGCCUCUCUCGUCCCUUCGAUCCAGGCGGACCCCGCUCUGAUGGCCCAACUCCUUCCCUGGGGCUUGCGAUACAACAUUCUGCUACCCUACUGUGAAGCCGACCCCGACGACCCCGCCGCUCCCUCGCCGCGAACCGACUGUCCGCCGUGGACCGCCGAACUCGAGGCCUAUCACGCUACUGUCCAUCCGGACGUGUGGGCGAUCUUGCGCGCAGACGAUUACCUCGACACAUCGGCCAUUCGACAGAUCCGGCUCCGGAUCGAGGCGCUCAAGCAGUCGCCAAGGCGGGCAACGGAGGAUGGCGCCUGUCUCGACGACCUCGAAGUAGCGCUUGACCUGCUCGAGACCCGCAGACUGCUGCGCCUGGACUCGCUGUACGCACUCGAUGUCGUUCGCGACAAGUACUUCUUUCUGAAGGCGUCUCCUUCUCUCCCGGAUCCGGAUCACGUCGUCGCGCAACUUCCUCGCGAUCCAUCUUUCAAGCCGCCUACCGCAGGAGCCGGUUCUCUCUGGCCAAUCUAUGUCGCCCCGCCCCCCUACCUCAUCAAGUCUGACCUUGUGUGCUUUUGGCAUCACGGCGUCGACUGGGACCAGUACAAGCUACCUGACUGUCCGUCGGCCAAGGCGGACGAGGCGCUCGCUCGGAGGUCGCUGGUUGCGCUGGUUCGAGACGGGGCGGAGAAGCUUCUGCCGCAAGCGACCUUCGACGGCGGACUUGUCGGCCCAAGCAGGUGA